AUGAGGCUGUUCCCAGAAUACUUACUAAAGAGGUUUGCUACGGGAGGCCUUCCUCUAGCCCCUCUGAGAUGCACCGUGUACCAUUCUAGCCUCGAGUGUUUUCCAGGGCCAUCGCCACCUUUCAGUCCCCAAGUCCCUGCACCUUCCCGUGCGGUGCCCCGGCUGUUUCCCAGGCCCACUCGCCCCCUCGAGGCCCUGGCGCCGCCUCCCCGGAGGUCGCGUCCGUCCUUCCCGGGAUGUGCAGCUUCUCGCGAGGCUUUAUCCCGCUCGCGUCUCGGCCUCCGUCCCCGCGACCUCGGGGUGUCCGCGCCCCCCCGGCCCUGCCUGACACUCGAGAGCGGCGGGGGCCGGGCCGCCUGCGCCCCACUCCAACCUCAGCUUCCUCAGAGGCGGGCGCCCCCUCUCCCUCCACCAGCCACUCGCGGUCGGGCGUCCCCUCCCGGGGCCCGCGGGUGGCGUGUGGGUCGGGGGGGGGGGCACGGGGACUCCGGCCCGUCCGCCAUUUCGCACUUUGGGGGCGCGCGGGGCCUCUCAGGGCCGGCGGCGCUGACGUGCUUAGGUCGGGGCCUCCCCGCCGCCGGGGCGGGACUCACCUUCUCUCAGGCCGGGGCGGGCGUCUACAACUACUGUCCCCCUCCCCGCCAACACCGCCGGCCGGGAGAUAAGGCCGAGGAGGAGGUGGCGGAGAGGCAGGGACAAACGCUACCGCCGCCGCCACCGCCGCCGCCGCCGUGCGGGCGGGGGAGGAGGAGGAGGCGGAGGCGCGGCUUCCUGAGGGGAAGUCGCCGCAACCACGAGCGGCUGACUGGACGGCGCCGGCGCCAUGGCGGCGAGGCGCCCGGAUGCGCAUGCGCCCUCGGCCCCGCCCACAUUUAG